AUGUCCGGACAUUCUCAGCUUGUGAUCUUCACAGUUAUAUUUUUGAUGUAUUCAUUGACUGUAUUGGGGAAUGUUAUUAUCAUUAGUCUCAUAUGUCUGAUAUCUCACCUUCACACCCCCAUGUAUUUUUUCCUGUGUAAUCUCUCCGUCCAGGACAUCAUUUAUGUCUCAGACACUCUUCCUAAAUUUUUAGCCAUCACACAAUCCGGUGAUGACACAAUCACUUUCCCGGCAUGCUUCACCCAGCUGUUUAUUUUUGUAUUUUGUAUUGGAACAGAAUUCUUUCUAUUAACAUCCAUGGCUUAUGACCGAUAUAUCGCCAUUUGCGUUCCUCUACAUUACGCGGUUGUAAUGAAAAAAAUCGUUUGCAUUCUGCUGGCUGCCGCUUCUUGGUUUGUGGGGUUCUUGAACGCUCUGACGCAGUCUCUCAUAUUGUCGCGCGCGGAAUUCUGCCAUUCCCACAAUAUUAAUCAUUUUUAUUGCGAUUUGAAGAUCAUGAUAAAACUGGCCAGCAGUGACACCUCAAUCAUCCAAAAGUAUCUCUUAGCCAUUAUUGUUGUUUUGGGGUUUUUACCUUUUGUCUUGAUUUUGACUUCCUACAUCUGCAUCAUCUCCACCAUCGCAAAGAUACGGAGCUCAGAAGGAAGAGUCAAAGCUUUCUCCUGCUGCUCCUCCCAUGUCACCACUGUGAUAUUGUUUUAUGGCGGAGUGCUUGGCACCUAUACAGUCCUCGAGUCGGAACAUUCUCAGGAACAGGAGAAAUUGCUCGCCUUACUAUACACAGCUCUGGUCCCAUUUUUAAACCCCCUGGUCUACACCUUAAGAAACAAAGAGGUGUUGAGAGCAAUGAUGCACGUGAAGGAAAAAUAUUUGAGGUUCUGGAUCUUAACUUGA